GGGAAAUGUGGGCCAUACGCUCUGUCCCAUUUUAGCUUAGUGGCUUCUGGAGGUACAUCGCGGAUGUACCUCGAUCUUUCAGCCUUUCCGGUCAGGCUCCGCAAAUUCUCAGUCGGACCUCAUCCUCGACCUCCCAGCACUUGGAAGGUCAACGUCGCAGUCGCGUAACAGCAUCUGUGGCCAAAGCUCAAUUUUUUGCAUACCACGAACGUUGCGCAAGCAAUUCGUUCUAAAAAUCAGUCACCAUGUCAAACAAGCAGGGAAAGAUGGCUGGCUAUGUACGUACCGUCCCUUCAACGACCUCACCCGAUCGAACGACACGCUGUACCCCCCAAUUACCGAGUCGCAUGCUGACGUAGAGUCUGCAGAUCAACUGGCGCAUGCGCGUCACGUUGAAUGAUGGUCGCGCCAUGACCGGCCAAAUGCUGGCCUUCGAUAAGCAUAUGAACCUUGUACUGGCGGAUACCGAGGAAUUCCGCCGCAUCAAACGACGACAGAACAAGCCCGCGGCUCCUGGCCAAAGCGGCACGCAAACCGUCGAAUCUGAAGAGAAGAGGACAUUGGGCUUGACCAUUGUCCGCGGUGCCCACAUCAUCUCUCUGUCCGUCGAAUCGCCGCCCCCAGCGGAUCCCAGCGCGAGGCUGAACAAAUCCGGGCCAGCUGGCAUCGGCUCUACGUUGAGUGCUGGUCCUGGAGUCGCGAAGCCCGCUGGCCGUGGUGCUGCUCCUCCAUCUCUAGCCGUACGCUUGGUCUACCGGUUUUCAUGGUAUAUUUGACUGACUGUUUCUUAGGGUCCUGCUGCUGGUGUUGGCCCUGGUGCGCCUCCUGGCUUCCCCGGCUUUCCUGGCGCUCCCCCCGGUUUCCCUGGUGCCGGACGCGGUGGACCGCCUCCUGGCUUCCCCGGCG